AUGGCGAAAUUGGGCGAAGGCGACAAACGGUGGAUCGUGGAAGACCGCAUCGAUGGGAACUCAGUGGUUCUGUCACCGACGGAACCGAUCGCCUCGAGUGGCCAAGGAUUCCGAUGGAAACUCAGUGGUGAAGAUCCCGAAAUUCGAAUCACAAUCAAAGAUGACGGGCCGAUCGAUAAGAGAUUUAAAGAAACGUUUAUCUCUAAGGGGUUUGUCUUUGAAAAACUCAAGCAGUACGUCGAGGCAAUGGCGAGAGGCGAGCCGACCAAAGAGGAUUUGGAUCGACCUCCAGCCCUUGCUCUCAGCCCGAAUCUCAUCGAUUGUAGCCGGGCGCGGCUCAGAUCGGCAGCGAGCCCGUCGAGGGGCCGAAAGCGUAGCCCAAAGCUCAUCGACGAAACUGAUGAACCUGAAUUCCGUUAG